GUAUAAUAAAACAUCAUAAUAACCUGACGAUGUCGAAUUCAGUAGACACGCUACGAACUCUCUGUAGACGCCAUGAAGCUAUCAGCGUCCAUUGGACUGCUCAUCGAUCUGCGAUUCGCAAUCCAGUCUGCAUUAUGGCCUACUCUCGCAGCAUUGUGGCUUAGUCCUAGCAUACUACUCCAGCCUACUUUGGUUUCACAUCUAUUCAUGGCACAUGUAUGGACAGCAUUUGGAAAUGGGGUGGACGAGAGAGCUAGACCAGUUAAGAAGGAACUCAUAACUGAUAAUGCACACGGCGUGGUACUUGAUAUAGGAGCAGGACAUGGACACACUAUAAACUACCUACAACGAGACAAGGUGACGAGAUACGUUGCGGUAGAACCAAACAGGCAUAUGCAUGGCAAGAUAAAGGAGGUGGCUGAGAAAGCAGGGUACAGUGAGUCUGCAGGCUCGCUGAUAGUGCUCGCGUGUGGUGCGGAAGAUACGACGGCGAUAAUGAGUGCCCUCGGAGAACGACAUACGGUGGACACACUUAUAUCGGUAAUGACUCUGUGCUCUGUCCCUGACCCGCAGAAGACGAUCAAAGGGCUGGUGGAAGAUGUGCUUAGACCUGGAGGACAAAUGCUGUUUUAUGAGCACGUACUGAGCAGACGUAGAGAUGUGGCAUGGUGGCAGCGGUUCUGGACGCCGUUGUGGGGUUUCGCAUUCGAUGGAUGUCGGCUGAACCGACCAACUGACAUCUGGAUUGAGCGGGCGGGCGGUUGGGCUGAAAAGAAAGUGUGGAGCAAACCAGUUGAGGACGACGAAGAGACUCUGUUUUGGCACCGGGCAGGGAGACUGGUGAAGUGCACGUGAUGUGUGACAAGAUAGUAUCAGACAAGAUGUGACGUGGAGUGUGACUGGGGUGUAGUGGUAAUCUACGAAUCGGAUGAAUUAUUACCAUAAAAGGGUGAUAA